UAUCCCGGAAAUACACUGCUGUCGAUGUGGAAAAAUGGCGUUAUGAGCAGCUCCACACUGUAAGAGAAGUGGCUCAGCAACGUUAGAGUCAAGAGGCAACAAUCACUAUCCCGCGGUUCUCGGUAUACCAAAUGAAAGAAACGCCCAAUCUUAUAUUAAUCAUAAGUGUGUAUUAAUACAGUUGCACACUCGAUUAUGUAAUGGCGCUCCAGAUGGACAAAGACAGACUCGCAGCUGGUCCAUGCUCAUGGCUGGAUAUGCAUAAUUUUAUUGGUGACCUUAUGGCUGCAAAUGCUUCAGUCACUGGUCAUCCACUGAGAGAGCAACGUACUGUGGAGACACCGAGUUCUGCAUGGCCCAAAGUCUCUCAUCCUCCCCAGCCUACCCCAUCCAGACAGAGCCAGGUGAAAAGUGCUGUUCGGUUUGGUCUGCAGGAAAGGGAAAGGGAACCCAGAGCUCAUGAAAGCCAUGUUCAGCAUCGUGCCUGCACAUGUCCUGGCUGCCCUCUUUCCUCAUCUCCUUCUAGUUCUUCAUUCCACACCUUAAAACCCAGAACCAGCCUGGCGUCCCAGAUCCAACCACUUUCGUCCCAACAAUCCACCCCACCACAGCAGACUAAAGAGCCCAGUGCUGCCCCUGUCGGCCUUGGCUUGUGUCUAGGUUUGGGACUCUCUCUAGAAGAGGAAAACACUGAGCCCACCAGCACAUCUGCUCAACCCCAACAAGAAGAUAAAGGCACUAGCACCCACAGCCCAAUCUCUCAGGCAAAUCCCGAGUCCCCACCAGUUCAGGCCUUUCCGUGUAUAUGCUGCCAUAGUGGGUUUCAAACCUGUAGCCAACUUCUACGCCAACAAAAGGACUCAGAGGCACACAUUGCCCACCACCACUAUCAUCACCACCACCAUCACUGCCCGCUCACCACCUGCACGUCAUGUACGCUCCCGUCCUUCCCUUGCCUGUCCUGCCAGCGCACCUUCCCCACCUGCGCCCAGCUCCUCCGCCAUCAGCAGGGCCACGCACAACAGGAAGGCUUGCAGCAGCUCCCAUGCAUGCACUGCAAUGCCUCUUUCCCCCGGCCGUCGCAACUGCUGCAGCACCAGCGAACACAGCAUGCGUCCAAAGCCGGCGGCUUCCUGUGCGCCGAGUGCGGCCGUGCAUUCAACUCGCACAGCAAUCUGCGCAUCCACCUCAACGUACACACAGGCGCCCGUCCAUACAGCUGCUCCGACUGCGGCAAGAGCUUUAGCCAGUCCGGGGCGCUUAAGAUUCACCGCCGAAUUCACACCGGAGAAAGGCCGUACACCUGUACUUAUUGCGAAAGGGGUUUCCCUCACUUAGCUGGGUUGAGAGCGCAUCAGCGAAUUCACACGGGGGAGAAACCGUACCGCUGCGGUCAGUGUGGGAAGUGCUUUACUCAGUCCGGGGCUCUGAAGAUCCACACUCGCAUCCACACUGGCGAGAGGCCUUUUGUGUGCGGCCUCUGUGGGAAGAGCUUUUCAAACCGUUCCGGUAUUCGCUUCCAUCACCGCAUGGUUCACGGGAUCGUGACGGAGCCCAACUCUGUGGGAAGGCCUAGCCUGGCUGCCUCUGCGUCAUCCUCAGUUUCAGACUUCCAGAGAUUUCAAGCCUCCGGUCUCAACCAGAUCCAUCUCCGGGAAAUGGAAGAGAGGAGUCCGCCCAGUAAAGAGCAGUUAAGAGGGGAUGGGAACAAAGAUGCCCUUCUGUAUGCCUGCGAGGACUGUGGUCAGCGUUUUCCAGACGCUCCGUCUAGAAACAGACACCAGACAUUGCAACACUACUCUAAGGAAGAGAGAGAAAAGGAAGAGAGCAGCUCUGACAAAACUAUAGAUUAGACAAAAACAACAAACAUUUCUGACUCCAUGUAUUUCAAAAGAUAAAAGCAGCUUUAAUAUGUAAUGUAUUAAGGCAGAUGUUGAGCGCCUUUGAAGCUUGCUGAUAUUAUCACACUGUUAAGUUAUGACCUAAGAAAUAUUGUUUGUGUCCAAGACGCUAUACAUUUCAAUUGAGAAUGCUAUCUCAUUUAUAUCACACAUUUAAGCUAAACUUGCAGUGUACACUACAGUCUCCAGGCUCAUGGUGUCCUGGACACCAGUAUUUUAAUGAUUUAUAAAGAAUGAAUCACUGUCUUGCCAUCUGAGAUUUCAUUAUGGAGAUAAAGGUUAGGAUCAUGAUUUUUUGUUAGCAUUACAGCAUACUAUGAGUGUACUGAAUAUUACCACCAUUUGUUUUUUUGCUUUGGCAUCUGAUAGACCGUUUGGACCUGGAAAUGGUGGUGUGACGUCAGACCAUUCUGAACAUUCUUGUUUUGGUCAUGUAAGAUUCUUUUGCCUGUGAUUUGUGCCUCUAAAAAAGCAAAGUUGUGACAACCUAUAUUGUGAAACUGCACCUUAAACUUUAAAGCUUUGCCUAUCAGUAUUAAGGUAUUUGUGCAUAUUCGUUACAAAACCAGCACUAGUUUUUCCACCCUCUGGCCAGAGGUUACCAGAAAGCAAAGAGAAGAAGGCUCGGUUUACAAAGCUCGUGAGUCUCCAUUUCACCAAAGCCGUUCUACCAGCAUAGUUCUCCUGGCCUGAGGACGGUUAGGUAGAUGUGCCGAUAAAUCCAAAACUGGAAUGGUUUGUAUUUGUACUUUGUACUUAAUGCGACUUGCACCACAACUUGUAUUGCUUACAACCAUGCAGCCUGAUUGUGGAAAAGUGCUUUAUUUACAUUUUAGCACUUUGUAUGUAUGUAUGUGAAAGUAUUUUGCAGGUUUGCAAGUUUAUAUUUCUUUUUAGUUUAACAAACUUCUGAUGCUGUUUUGAUAACGAUUGGAAUUAUUAAGAAAAGUUGUUGAUUGGAAGGCGGCAGGGUGGUUCAGAGGGCAGCACUGUCACCUCAGCAUGAAGGUCCCCAGUUUGACCCUGGGGCCUUUCUGUGGAGUAUGCAUGUUGCCCCUGUGUUACCGUAAGAUUCCUCUUGGUGCUCUGAUUUCCCCCACAAUCUAAAGGCGUGCAACAUGGGUUAACUGGAGAAACUAAAUGGUCUGAAGUUGUGAAUGUGUGUCUGUGUGGUGGAUUGGCCAUCUGUCUGGGGUAUUUCCAAAGUCUGUGGCCCAAGAUGUUGGGAUAGGCCCAUGUAUCCCCACAACCCUAUAGAGGACAAGUGGUUUGGAGAAUGGAUGAAUAGUUGUGAUGGGAAUCUUAAUGGGAAUCUUGAAAAGCAAAUGCAAAAUAAGACAAAAACUUUAGAUUCUGGCUUUAAAAUUUAAAAAUCAAAUAUUGUCAUUAAGAUUAUUUGUCACACAUGUGAGUGUGGUUGUAGAAUUAAAGCAGUUUUAAAUGAAACAACGCUCUUACUGUAUUUAAAGUCAGUUCAGCGUGUUGUGUGGGGAUAAAUACUAUGACAUUAUUACCAUAUUGAUGUACCUGCCAGGUGUUGCUUACUGUAUUUGUGGCCUCUGCAGGCCAGGGACUGACAGUACACAAGAUGGCAAGGAGCUAUGGGCUGCCAUUUUUACAACUGGCCAAAGGUUUGUGGUUAAAGAUAUCUGUAAGUAUCUCUGUAUUAUUACUUAAAAUUAAAGUUUGGCAAAACUGUCAGGGGAAAUGAAUUGUCCAUUAUUUUGUGUCCAUUUUGUAUCUUUAGCAUUACACUGUUGAUAUGUGAACCCUUCUUAUGUGGUAUUGCAAAUGUUGUCGGCCAGUUACAGCAGUCAAUGACCUCUCAACCCAAAGCAUCAGAUACUUUUUGUACAUCUGUCAGUUAAGCUCAUGUCUACAAUAUAUGUCUAUUGUGUACACAUGUAUCAACAAAAAAUAAAUGUUGAUGUACCUUAUUUGAAGUUUA